UCAAACUCUCCCUCCUCGAGAAUAACAAUGUCGAAUUGCGCAUGCGUUGGCCAUUUCCUAGUAGCGCCGAUUGUCUGACCAAUAGUAAACGACAGAUGACGUUAGCUGUAGCCAAUCACCAUUCGUUUCAGUGACGACUGAGCUAUUUUUAGUGGACAUGAGUCACGGGAUAUAAGGCUGUACGUUUAGUUGGGUGUUCACAAGUUGUCGAGACAUCGUGCUGUGCAGCCGAGUGACAUCCGCAUUCGGUGUACAUUGCAGUCUGUUCUAGAGGUGCACACGCGCAGAACAUCACGUUCAUCGGAUUGCGUGUCGUGAGUCAUUGUUGUGUUGACAGUUGAUCCAGAUCGGUCCUCGUGUCGCCGUCGACCUCUGAAAUCAAAACGGACAGGCACGACUUGCAUCUAUACGCGACGCGUUUGCGAACCGCGUAGUCAGUGAACAAAAUACACAUCUUUUGCGUCUCAAUUUCGACUUACGCCAUUAAAAUACAUGUGGCGACUACUACAAACAUAAUAGGUGGUUUAUGAAUCGUAUCCAGAGUGCGAAUUGAACAACAUUUGGUGACGACUAAUCGUGCAAGCAAGUGUGAUAAAAAAAAAGUUGUAGUAGCAUCGAUGAAUUUCUUGAACACGGCCGUCGCAUGGUUAUGUAACGAAGAGUGACAAAAAAGAAAAACUAGAUAUACGAGAGUGCUCAGGUGGAAAACGCGGACGCAUAGUGAAUAUAAGAGACGAGUACAGAUACAUAAAGAGACGAUCGAUCAUCGAACGUGACCGAUCGCGCUUUUCCAGUGGCGGUGAGUGUGUGCGCGUGUGUUGAGCGACGGAGUUAGCGAUACAUAGUGUCCCAGUCGCGCACGGCUCGUUUUCAGAGCUGUAAACUUUCAAUCGUCACGCAGUGAGUCCCGCGGCAUCGAUGGUGCGAAGUUCGACAAUGGAGCAAACGUUCUACGAGGACACGAGCGUCUACGGCGCCGUGAAUCGCGAGAACAACAUGGGUCAAUUGAAGCGUAAUCUUACGCUAGAUCUGAACGAAUGUCAGAGACAAGGACCUGAAGCGAAAAAACCGCGAUUAGGACCUAUACCACCAGCAUUAAAUAAUGUUACUCCAAUUUUGAGUUCACCAGAUUUGAACAUGUUGAAAUUGAGUUCUCCAGAAUUGGAGAAGUUCAUUAUCGCCCAACAAGAUAGUCUUGUAACGAAUUUAGUGACGCCUACGCAAAUCUUAUUCCCGAAAGCAGUCACCGAGGCGCAAGAAUUGUACGCUCGAGGUUUUGUCGAUGCUUUGAACGAGUUACACCAUUCGGAUAGUUCACAAGAACCUGGCAGUAUUCAUGGAGCUACAUAUACAACUUUGGAGCCGCCGAACAGUGUACAAAGUACAGAAUCAUCAGUGAGUCAGGGUGUAAUGCAGAUUAAGGAUGAACCCCAAACGGUACCAAGUGUAUCGAGUUCACCUCCGAUGUCUCCCAUCGAUAUGGAGAAUCAGGAAAGGAUCAAGUUAGAAAGGAAACGUCAAAGGAAUCGCGUGGCGGCAUCCAAAUGUCGCAGGCGUAAGCUUGAACGUAUUUCCAGGCUGGAAGAUAAAGUUAAAUUGCUGAAGGGCGAGAACAGCGAAUUAAGCGCUGUGGUGCAUAGAUUGAAAGAGCACGUGUGCCGGUUAAAGGAGCAGGUGAUGGACCACGUGCAUUCUGGUUGUCAGAUCAUGGCAGUUUCAGGUCAGUUCUGAGCCGACGGCAUCGGGCGGGACUCUCCGACGUAUAUUGUUUCGUCUGGUAUCUAUAGUCGCUUUUACAAAUGCGACCAUAUUGUAUUCUGUUACCGAAACGAGGAGCUUUUACCAUGGAAUAUCGAUGUCGUUUGGAUUACAUCGUUUUCGAUUUUUUGUUGUUUUCGGAAAAAGAGGACACGGUGAUGAUCGUGCUUAACGAUGCAAAAGAAGAAGAAGAAGAAGAAGAAGGAGAACAAGAAGAAGAAGAAGAAAAAGAAGAAGAAGAAGAAGAAGAAGAAGGGAGUGCCUUGAUGUACCGGAUGACGUAAAAUAAAGAGACGCUUUUUUUUUUAUUUUAAAAAAAAACAAGAAGAUAAUCAUCCGUAUACUCGCGUGUUUCUUUGUGUGUGUCUGCUUUUUAUGCAUACGUGAAACGCGUUGCGUGACGAUUAUAGAAAGACUGUAGGGAAAGUGGGAACCGUGGUGGAAAAGGAAGGAGAAAGAAAAAGAGAGAUAGAGAGAAAUAGCGUCGAGUAUAUAUUACGAGAAGUGAAGUGAAGAACAAAGAGGGCAGGAAAAGGAUAGAGUAAAAGGAGAGUGGGUGGGACUUGGCAGCGCGGCCAUUUUGGAGAACCUCGAAUACUGGCGGGAGAUUCAAAUCUUCCAGCUGUUUUUUUUAGAAAUUUUUUAAUUGUAUUAUAUUUUCGUCAGAGGAAGAAAUCAAUUAAAUUGAUAAUCGAUCAAAGAAUCUUUGGAUUCUCAUUUGUUGUUUUUUCAUGCUUGAUUAUCGUAUUUUAUUCUUUUUAACGUUAUCCUUUUUAGAGUUUUUUCUCUAUUAAAAAAUUUUUUUUUUUGCUAUUAUUUGAGGUCUAUUUCUAUCAAUUUUUUCUUCUAUUUUAUAAAAAAUACAAAUAUAAUAUAUUAUUAUAUAAUAAGCAAGAAUUUAUGAAAUCUUCCGAAGAAAUAAUUUUUUUUGAAAAGUUUUUUUUUCGAUUUAUGUCAAGAAUCUAGGAAGGAUUUUCGCUUAGACGAAUUUCAUGGCAAUUUUUGCAAUCGUAAAUACAUCGUAUCGUUUCACAAUAAUAAAUUCACAAAUUGAAUAUUUAUUAAUUCUUCGACAUAGAAUAAUUCUUUAGUUUUUCUCUUCUUCAAAUAAUAAUCAAAAGAAAGAAUUUCAUUCGAAGUACUCACAAGAUGUAUUAAAAAAAAAAAAAAAAAAAUCUGUUAUUGUACAGAUACAAUACGCGUACAAUAAGCGUAAGAAUUGAAAAAAUAAGAAUAAUAAUUAGGUUAAGAAAAUUUUAAGAGAAAUGAAUGUGUCGAAUGCGUUUGGCAGAAGAGCCAAAAAAUUAAGAAACGAGUGCUUUCUAAUAAUGUUAAUCGAAGUUUCACGGUGCGUAUUCACAGGAAUCGGCGAAAUAUCGUCGUUCAAAGGUGCUGUAAAAAUAUUUCUCGAGUUUCUCUUUUUUCUUUUCUUUUUUUUUCAAAUAAAUGCGAGCUUAUAAAAUUCUUCUUGAUAAUUUCGUUUUUACGAUUAUAAUCAAUCUUGAAACGGACGUUUAACCAUGUUUUGCGACGGACAACCAUCAUUGUUUUUUAAACCUGUAAAAAAAUAAUGUUAGCGUUUGAAAAUAGUUGAAAUGCUGGCAUUGAAAUCGCGUUUAAAAGUCCUCGUUUCUCGCGUUUCGAUAUAUUUUGAAUACCUGCUUUCUAUCGAAAAAUUGUCGAAUUUUUCUUUGAUUUUGCGUGUGCGUGGUGCAAUCUUGCCCACGACACGACUCUCCGUGAAACGGCUCUCGAUCUUUUCCUCUUUUCUUUUUUUUUGUUUUUUUUUUUUUUUUUUUUUUUUUUUUUUUUUUUUUUUUUUUUUUCUUUUCUUUUCUUUUCUUUUUCUUUCUUUGUAGCUUUUAAGCCGGAUACUGCAUAUAUUCCCCACGGUUCCAAAGACAUUUUUUUUUUCAUGUCUCUGGAACAGUCGUUUCGUCAUAUGUGCAUCUAGUCUUGUCCAGUAUGCCCUCGUAACUUAUGCACGCUGCGUGAUACUCGCAGAUCCGCAUAAAACAAGAACAACAGAGACAUGUAAUACGUGCGUAGGUUUCGAUUGUGUUACCACGUGCUGACGAGGACUUGCAUUUAGAAGAAACGCUUGGGAAAAAAAAUUCUUUUCUUUUUCUAUCAUAUCUUAAAAAUUAUCUUCUCGUCGAUACUCGAGUUGUAUUUUUCUCUUCUUUUCUUUUUCUUUUUCCUUUUUUUUU